AUGUGGUUUAUUAAAUUAGUUGUAUUUGUUGGAAUAUUAAAUAAAUAUUCAAAUGGAUUUUCUAAUAAUUUUAAAUAUUCGUUUGAUUCAAUUUCAAUUAAAACCAAAUCAAUUCCAUGUCCAGAUAAACAAAGCUAUUGUCCUGAUAAUGAAACAUGUUGUCUAUUAUCAUCAGGCCAAUAUGGUUGUUGUCCUCUGCCUGAUGCUGUUUGUUGCAAUGAUAACCUUCAUUGUUGUCCACAUGGUUAUACGUGUGAUGUUGAACAUUCAAGAUGUCAAAAAGGAUUUGAAAAUUCUUAUGAUAUUUUAUGCCCUGAUCAUGAAAUGUCUUGUUCUGAUGGUGAAACAUGUUGCCAAUUACAAUCGGGUGAAUAUGGUUGUUGUCCACUACCAAAUGCUGUUUGCUGUAAUGAUUAUAGUCACUGUUGUCCAAAUGGAUAUACAUGUAAUAUUCAAGAAAAUAAAUGCGACAAAGGAAUUUCAAUUCCAUGGUUUAGAAAAAAAUCAGCUUUUCGUUUGAAAAAUAUUUUAUCAUCAAAGUUCAUUAUUCAAAAUUUAUCAUUAUCUCUUUCAAUAAUUCAAUGUUCUGAUGAAAAAUCAAUUUGUCCAGAAGAAACAACUUGUUGUGAAUUAAAUGAUCAUUCGCAUGGAUGUUGUCCAUAUCGUCAAGCAUCUUGUUGUUCUGAUAAAAUUCAUUGUUGUCAAAAUGGUUAUUCAUGUGAUGAAUCUGGUUCAAGAUGUAUCAGACAUUUGAAUUUUAUUGAAAAACAAAAUAUUAAAAGGCAAAGAUUAAUUCCAUUGCCGAUUUUUCAAGAACAAAUAUGUCCUGAUGAGAAAACAACGUGUUCAUUGAAUUCAACAUGUUGCCCAAAUAAAAGUGAACAAAAUAUCAGUUAUUCAUGUUGUCCUUAUUCACAAGGUACUUGUUGUGGUUCAAAUGGUUCAUUUUGUUGUCCACAUAAAUAUGUUUGUGAUGAAAAACAAUUAACUUGUCAAUUAAAUAAAACAAUUAAUAUUGAAAAUCAACUUCUAAAUAAAUGUGGAUCAUCGAAUUUCGUUUGUCAAUUUAAUCAAACGUGUUGUAAAACUUCUCAAUCAACUUAUGAUCAAUAUGCUUGUUGUGAUUUCCCUCACGCUGUUUGUUGUAAUGAUGGUCAACAUUGUUGUCCCAUGGGUACUUUUUGUGAUAACAAAUCUUAUGGAUGUAUUACAAGUUAA